CCGCAAUGGGCACAGGGUCGUUGCUCAAUCGGAGAAGUGGAUGCCUCAAUCCUCUUGCAAUUGUGGCACAUCUGGCCAGCCUAUGAUUUUGACGUCGUCGGCAAAAAAGUAGAGCGACUAGUGCAGACCACGGAACAUAUCGUUGAUGUAUACGAGGAACAACAUGGGACCAAGCACCGAACCUUGGAGCACCCUGCUGCAAGCUUCGGCAGACCCUGA